CCAAAAGCAUCAUGACAACCACCGCAACUCGAAACGCCUCCCCCUCCUACCCACCAACCUCCCUGCCGCCGCUUACGGAUACAGAUAUAAUCCAGCUAGCCCAACUAUACCACCCCCAGUCUUCUACUCCCCUCCCUCAGUUCCUCCUUAGCGAAGCUUCGCACGAGACGCUACUCUCCUACCUUCACGCACGCGCCGCCUCUCCUAACUCAUCAUUAGCCGUCGCUGAGUAUGCCUCCGCCCUUCUCUCCCUGACCCACCUCCAUCCUUCUCUCCUAUCUCUAACAUCCUCCCUCAUCCUUUCCUACACCUCUCUUUUCUGUUCCCACAAAAUUCCCCAUGACUGCCAUUCCCUCUCCACUCUCCAGCUCUUCACCACCCACCUCGACUCGGUCUCGUUUCCAGAUUUGGGCUCUAUUCUCGACACAAUUCUCUGCUAUACCCAUCAAAUUACGGAUUCCGAAGAUACCCACAUUCUAAUUCUUCUCUCCAAGUGCCUUCAAUUGAUUAGAACGUCCACAGAAAUCGAUAAACCUAUCGAUUAUUUUAAUUCUGCAAUAGAUAGAAUGCUUAAUUUCAAUUGGAGUAAUGCUUUUCUGGUGAAAAUGGUGGAAAUUCUGCGCGAUUUUUCCUUUCUUGAUAGAAUUAAGAAGGAGAACUUUUUGGAGAAAGUGUUUAGUGGAAUGGAGAAGGUGGAGCUGCAGGACUUGCCAGGGCUUGUUUAUCAAUUGCUGGUUUUAGCAUCAAAAGGUUUCGGGAAGAGGAAAGUAAUUGAAGGCAUUGUGAUGUAUUUCGGGGAGAAUUUGGCAGGAAAGGGUGGCUCUACAGUGAGGCAAGUAGAAGGGACUGUGUUGCUUCAUGUCAACUUUGCAGUCAAGCAGGACCCUUCAUUGGGGCUAGAAAUUUUGGGGCUUGUCAGAUCGUAUUGUCCUGCUUUUAACCAUUUUGCUGUUACAGUUUUGUUGUCAGUUGCUAGGAUUAGGAGGUUCACUGAGAGCACGAUUGGAGUCCUUAAAACAGCAUUGUUUGCUGCUUAUAGAGACUCAAGCUUUGCUCAGGAUUGCAAAUGGCUAUCAGGUGACUUAAAGGAAGAGUAUCUAAAGACAGCCAGAAUGAUGGAGAAAGCACUGCUAGGAACUGUUAAUGACAGCAACCUUGGAAGAGAGCAUGUGGUGCCAAGCAUUGUACAACUUGGAUUUUUACUGCUUGAAGGAGUAGAAGAAGGAAGCCAUAAAGAAUUUGAUAAGUUAGAUGGCAUUUUAGGUCCUGAGGAACUAGGUACUCAGGUGCUCAGAAGUUUAUUUGAAGUUCAUGAUAUGGCUAGAAAUGAGAUAAUUGAGCAAUGCAAACUUCGAGUUCUUUCAUUGAAGCCUGAACAAGGCCUUCCCAUCGUAAGACUACUUGGUUGUCUAAUCCGGAGAUAUUCAUAUCCGAUGUUGGAACAUGUUUCACAUCUAAAGGCAUUAAUGGAUUAUUUUACAUUCAUGAAUGGCAAGGUCUCUUCUCAUCUGGUUACUGCCCUUUUGCCUCUCAUCAAACAAAGUCGUGAUCUCCAGGAUUAUAUCAUUCUGGUCUUGCGUAAAGCUAUGUUCAGAAGAGAGGAUUCAGUUCGUUAUGCAGCAAUCCAUUCCAUUCUUGAUUUGGUAUUGGGAGAAAAACAAUCUCAAAGAGAUGACACAUUUUCCUUACAAGAAUCAAGCAGUCAAGCUAGUUGUAGCCAGCAGGCUGAAAAUCUCUGUGCAGCUGGAUGUGUCCUUUUCUUGGAGCUCAAUGGGUUGCUGCAGAGAUGCCUUUAUCAGCAGGCAAAAGUCAGGGAGAUCCUUUACUAUGGACUACUAAAGCUUGUUUUGGUGGAUCCUUUAUCUGUUGGGGCUGUUCUUGAUUUUCUAUUGCCUCAUUUCUUUCAGUUUUACAAAGAGGAUGCUGUGGUUCAGCUGAGUGUCAGUCAAUGUGUUAAAUCUGAGAGUGGGAAAAUUUAUAUUGAAGAGCCACUGGAUUGCCUUCUUUCUUGCAUUUCUUGGAUUCUUCUUCUUCAGCAGCAUGGAAAAACUGACAAUUCUUCAGAUUCAUGGACUUCCUUUGGCUUCUCUCUAACACAAGAGAACGAGCAGGCUGGAAGAACAUGGUCUGCUGAGUCAUUAUCCAAUUCAUUAUCAAAGAUCCGAAAGUUUCUGAGAAAGGGAGACUUGGAAGGCUUACUGGGUAAAAGUAUGGAUGCUGGGUCUGCACCUCCAGGAGAAGAAAAACACAGAUGCUAUUCUUUGAUUUGGUCUGGGAUCAUUGAAGUAAUGCUGAAUAUCAUUAUCACUGAGUUUGGAAAAGCAACUGAUGCAAAAAAGAUAGAUUUGGAGAAAGAAUUGUUUGAGUUUGUUAGCAUUCAUGAGUGGUUGGGGGAAAAUGUGAAUAUUGCUAAGCAGAGUGGUGGUGUGAAAAGAGGCUCCCAACGCCUUACUGCGAAUGAUGCCUCCGAAAGGAUUGAUUUAAGUAGCACUAUAUUGUCUGAGGAAAGAAUUCCUUUAUUGGCAACCUCAGCCAUAUGUCAGCUAUUGCAUACUGCACAAGAAUCAUGGAAGUCUGUUGGCAUUGACAGCAAUUUGGCCUCCCAGGACCGUAGCCAGUUAUCCUCUGGAAAGGCUUCAGCUCCAUGUGCCAACAUUUUUCCUUUUGUGUUAGAUAUUUGUUGGCGCCAGUUGAAAUCUUACAGUUGUAUGGCAAAAGAGAAUCCACUAAAGGUGUUGAUCUACGGUGAUAUCAAACAGUUGGGACAGCCACUGCUAAAGAUGGUUUGGUUUCUCUUGUCAGCAUCAAAAUCUAACAAAGUUAACAAGAAGGAUGCCAGUGGUAGAAAAGAUACUGAUUACAAGAAGGAACAUAUCUACUCUUUACUAGUGUGCUUGAAAGAAUUGAUAAAAAUAAAUCUGUGUGGCCCUGGAUAUUUGGAUUUAAUGGAUGAUCUGGUGUCCAUCUCUGAAGCAAGAAGUGAUGGAUCAGAUAAUGAGUAUGAACAGGCUAAUGGGCUCCUUGAUCACAACAUGAGGAGUGAUGAGGUAUUCAUUAGAAAGAGUAUAUGGGUCUUGCUAAAUGAGCUACUUGCACAUUCUUUGUUCCGGGAAGUUGAGGUAGUGUCAGAUAUAGUAAGUUUAAUUGGCAGUAAAUUGGGUGAAGAAGGGAGGGAUGUUGUUGGCAAUUUGGCAAGGUGCAUCUGUAAAACCAGAAAUGUAACAAAUCCCAAGGUUGCCAAAAGUGUUAUCAACCUUGCUUUGUCUUUAAGCUCACCACCGAAUGACUUGAUUAUUGCCCAAGACAUGGCUGCAGAGGUGUUAAAAGUUGUAGGGAAAGAGGAUUGUGAUCCAGAAGAGACAUCAGACACUUAUUCUAUUAUAAACAAAUCUACUAGUGCUGCUAUUGCUUCAACAAUACUGCAAUUUCUUGAAUCAAGUAUUGGCGACAUUGAAUGGAUGAGCAGCAUGAAGUUGAAGGCAAGCUCUUGUUCAUAUCACAAAGGCCCUAGUUGUAGUCAUCAACGUUGUGAAAAGGCUUCAGAAUUGGUUAUGGAAGAAAGUCUAUAUUCAAGAGCAGAAGGUGUUGUAAAGGUGGCAUCCUUUUUUGUAUUGAUGAACCUCAAGGAUCCCCAGGCAGAACAGUUGUUGAGAUUGGCAGCAAGGUUUUACAAGAAUUUAGCUCGAAUAUCAAAGCUCCAAGUUGCAUCGAAAGGCUGCAAGCAACUCUUACCCAGCCUCAAGUACCAGAAGCUGGUAGAAGCAACUUGCAGGCAGCUAACAGCUCCUCUAUACAAUUUUGUAGCAAAUAUGCAAAAGAAACAACAAGAGGGUGCGGGGGGUAGAGGAAUGGUGAACAAGAUAAAAAGGGAAAACAGAUGCAUCCCGGAGUUGAUCUAUCAGAUAGAAGAUUACGAAAAAUACCUUAUCCAGCUUAGCAAGGCAAGCAAAUUGAAUUUGCUGAGGCAUGCAAAGCGUAGCACUUGCAGGGAUUUCAAAAUACUACUGGAGCCUGCUGCAGAUAGUAGUAAUGAUAAUAAUGCUGCAGUUGUUGGUGAGAAGAGGGAAUCAUCAUCCGUUGAAGAAAAUGAAGAUGAUGAAGAAGCUGCGGAGGAGGAAGAAGAGGAGGAGGAAGAAGCUGCUCUUUACAAGGCCAAGAGAUCCAAAACCAGGAUAGUGGAGGACUCAGAUGAAGAUGCAGAUGCAGCAGCAUAGGCUAGGAAUACUAAUAAUCUAUACUAUAUAUAAAAGUAUUAUCCUCCUCCAGAAUUUUCCCGCCCA